AUGAUUGACGCGUCAGCGGUUGAAGCUGUCCUGCAGCACAUAUUACCAGCUGUGAAAGCUCACAAGGCAGAAUCAUCAAGCCCAUUCAUCCUUGGCUUGUCCGGUCUUCAAGGAAGUGGAAAGUCGACAUGGGCAGAAGCUCUCACACAAACCCUGAACACCAAGCACGGAAUCAACACAAGGACACUCUCCCUUGAUGAUCUCUAUCACGACCAUGACCAACUGGUAGCCUUAAGAGAUUCGAACCCAGGAAAUGGACUUCUUCGUACUCGUGGACAACCAGGAACUCACGAUGAAGAACUGGCACGUCGCUUUUUCGAUGACAUCUCUCAGCCCUCCAAAGGCAACUCAGAGUCAAUCAAGUGGCCUGCAUUCGACAAGAGCCUCUUUAGCGGUGAGGGAGGACGGGUCCCUGUCUCACAGUGGGACAACGUACCGCGGAAUCCGCCACUAGAAGUGCUUAUAUUCGAGGGUUGGUGCCUUGGCUUCCAACCUCUUUCACCCGAAGAAGUUGAGCAAAAGUGGAAUAAUGCCAAGGCAGGAUCAAACAGUACUUCUUCCGAGGAAGACCAGUUAUCCACAACCACCUUGGCCAGUCAUGACUUGGAACACCUGCUACUCAUUAAUAAAAACCUGGAAAGGUACUGCAAAACUUUCAUGGGCCCCUGGCGUUUCGACGCUUUUCUUCACCUAAGUACAGAUCGAUUGGUCAACGUCUACCACUGGCGCCUUGAUCAGGAGAGAGCUUUACGGGAGAAGAAAGGUGCGGGGAUGACGGAUGCCCAAGUCAUCCGUUUUGUUCAGGGCUACAUGCCUGCUUAUGAAUUGUAUUUGGACAGGUUGACACAAGAGUCGUUCUUUUCACAGGAGGGCAAGGUUCAUGUUCGCAUCAUCUUAGACUCGAGCAGGGCGGUCUUAAGUGUUGAAAAGGCGUAA